CUCGAGUUGCGUACCUUGGACUCGUAUUUGGUGCACCAAAUCUUUUUUUUUUUUAAUGUUCACAUUUUAAACCCUGAGGACUUGAUCUAUUUCUACAACAACAAAACUAAGUAGCGAGCUGUUGGAAACUCAAACAAUCGUCGUUUUGAAUUCUGAUGACUUCAGUGGAGAAAAUGAAAAGGAUAGCGGUAGUUGGGGCGGGUGCAGUCGGAUUAUCAACUGCGUUGAAUGUACAGAAGAUGCUGCCCAACGCUCAAGUCACAAUCAUAGCUGAUAAAUUCGGAAAAGACACAACAAGUAAUGGGGCAGGGGGAUUCUUCAGACCAUACACCGGGGAUUUUCAUGUAGAAGAUCGUCAGCUAAUAGCACAGUGGACAAAAGAUUCUUGGAAAUAUUUCAGCAGUCUGGCACAGUCACCUCAAGCUGAAGAAACUGGUCAGACAUUAGUGUCUGGAGUAGUAGUCAACAAUAUAUCAAGGGAUGAACAUUAUGCUUUACUUGCCAGUUUGGUCUAUGACUUUCACAAAAUUCCUGAAGAUUAUUUAAAAAGGAAAAAAUGGAAUUACAAAUAUGGAUAUAGUUUUACAAGUGUGAUAACACAGACUCCUAAGUUUUUACCAUGGCUUACCAAAAAAUUUUGUGAAGCAGGUGGUUCCCUUGUAAAUAAAAAAUUAAACAGUUUGACAGAACUGGCAGGCCAGUAUGAUGUUGUAGCUAAUUGUUGUGGCCUUGGAGCCAGGGAAUUGUUGGGCGAUAAUAGUGCAUUUCCUAUCAGAGGUCAGCUUGUUAUGGUCAAAGCACCAUGGAUUAAACAAUUUUUUCUCUCAGAUGAUGAUAUUUAUCUCAUACCACAUGAUGACAAAAUAAUAAUUGGUGGAGUAAGAGAGAAAAACAAUUUCAGUCUCACAGCUGAAAAAGACACAAGGGAAAGAAUUCUUUCAAGGGCGGAAGCACUUUUCCCAGAAGUAAAGGGAGCUCAAGUAAUAGGUGAAUGGGUUGGACUUCGCCCAGCAAGAGAGAGGGUUAGAUUUGAAACUGAAGUUUUGGACUGUGGACCCAAAGGAAAAUUACCAGUAGUUCACAAUUAUGGACAUAGUGGUCAGGGCAUUACAUUGAGCUGGGGGUCUGGUAUAGGAGCUGCUCAACUUGUUCAUAGUGUUGUGACAUCUUCCAGGUCCAAAAUGUAGACUCAAAGUAAUACUUGACUGUUUUGUGUGUUACAUUCUCAUUCUUAGUUAGUUUUUCAUUAUUUAACUUGAUUAUUGGGAUAUUCAGUAAUCUAUAUGCAUUUAGACUAUUUUGAUUGUCAUUAUAAGUAAAACAAGAAUUUUAUUGCAAAAUAAAUAGAUAUGAUUAUAAUAUGAUUAUGCUACAUAAUUAUGAUAUACUAAUUCUACAUCAGAUAUUACAUUAUUGUGUAUCAGAAUCUAGUUACUUGCAUCAUUUGAAGUAUUCCUGUAAACCUUAUUUGCCUUUUUCUUUCCCAGUGUGUUAAAGUUUUUAUAUCUUUUUUUCCUAACCACAGAAAUCACUUCAGACACAGUCCCACCCUAAUAAAAGUGUCUCACUAUCAAUUUCCUUUAACCGUUUAAGUGCUGAGCUGUUUUACAAUGAGUGCAUACAAAAUGGAAUUACAAUUCCCAUGUUUAGAGGCUAAACUAUUAUACAUGUUUUAUGGGUAAAUGUCCCCAAUUGAAAUUGUCCUACCUCAGACAGAUCAUAUAUUAACUUAACCAAGUUUAGAUCAAUAGCCCGAAUGACUGUGCAGAGCAGAUGAGAAGGUUAGCAUGCUUCUUUUUUUAAUUUUACAGCAAAAGAACUUACAGUUCAGAUGCAAAAUGCUGGUUUGAUAAUACUGUGUUAAACAUUUUCAAUCAUGUGUUUUUUUAUUCUACAAAUAUAUGACAAUGACACCAACUAGCUUUUGGUGUUCUAAAUCUUACAAGAUAAGCUAAGCAAGUAAAAUAGUUCUCUUCAAAAGUGAUCAUGGGGAUGCUUGGCUUCUGAACCUGGGAUCCUGGGUUCAAAUGUCAGUGAAGACUGGGAUUUUGAAUUUUAGGCUUUUUAGGAUAUCUGACUUUUGUUGGGGAAAGUUAAAACUGUUGGUUGUUGUGCUGGCCACAUAACACCCUGCCCAUUAACUGUUGGCCAAAAGAAACAGAUGACCUUAACAUCAUCUGCCCUUUAGAUCACAUGGUCUGAAAGGAGAACUUUACUUUUUUAAAGUGUUGCCCUCUAAUAUAUUGGGAAAAAGCAGAAUGCAAUAGACCAAACAUUAUCUUUAAGGACAACAACAAAAAUAAUGCACAACCUACCAGUUAGAGCAGUAAAAAAAAGAUGGAAUUGGUAGUGUCAUUUACACAGAAGAGGACUAAAGAUAUCAAACUAGUGUGAGAGGAAGACCAAAUGCUAAAAGAAAGGGAGGGAAGCUAAAGGAAACAUGGAGAAGAUCAAUAGAGAAAGAGCUGGAAAAAAAAACAGCAAUGUUCAGAAUGUUCCAACAGGUGUAUGUUACAGCUUCAGACAGAAUGAAGUUAUGUUCACUCAUAGAUGGAUGAUAGUGCCAUCACUUGUCUGUUACUUUUUGUAAUCUAGAUUUAACAUAUUUAGAAUUAUUGCAUUAAAAAUGCAAAUCUUAA